UCCUUAAGGUCUGGUUUUUCAGGCACGCUUGGGGAUGUGUCCAAAGGCUUCGUCAACCUGGCCGAUGCUGCUGAAAUGAACAGCUACUGGGCUCUGAACUUAACCUCCAUGCUCUGCCUGACUUCCUGCAUCCUGAGGGCCUUCCCGGACAGUCCUGGCCUCAGCAGGACUGUGGUUAACAUCUCUUCCCUCUGUGCGCUGCAGCCCUUCAAGGGCUGGACACUGUACUGUGCGGGGAAGGCUGCCCGUGAGAUGAUGUUCAAGGUGCUGGCCUCAGAGGAGCCUGGUGUGAGGGUGCUGAGCUAUGCUCCAGGGCCCCUGGAUACAGACAUGCAGCAGGUGGCCCGGGAGACCUCUGUGGACCCAGACUUGCGGAAAAGGCUGCAGGAGCUGAAGACAAAGGGGGAGCUGGUGGAUUGUAAGAUGUCAGCCCAGAAACUGCUAAACUUGCUUCAAAAAGAUAUGUUCAAGUCUGGAGCCCAUGUUGACUUCUUCGAUAAAUAAGCCCCUAUCCUUGGUUUCCUGGGGCUCUCUUCCCCCUCUUUCGGGCACACCCAGAAGCCCUGUGCCUCCUCACAUCUUGCCACAAUGGCACCACCAACUCUGCUUUACACAGAUAAGCACUCAUGCCUACUGUCCUGCUCUCAGACCCAGCCAGCUGUGAGGUCACUGGGGCACUCAGUUCUUAGGAGUCUGUGUUGAGCACCCUGAGUUAGGCGGAGGCUUAUGGGAGUUAGGUGAGAGAAGUGAUGGGCAUUGGUGUUCUCUCUCCAGGCAUAGAAUCUCAAGGAUGGCAAAAGUAGGACAAGAAGUUGAAACACUGAAGAGAAGGGGUUGGGUCUCCUUCCAUGGCCAGUCCAUGGGGGGAGAGGGGGAAGCUGCUUCAAGAAGGAGGGCCCAGUAGAUUCACAGAUGGGCUGGCGGGGAGGGAGGACGGCCAAGUUUCAGCCUAUAUGGAUGCCCUUUACUCAGGGUAACAGGACCUUCUAUGAACUUCAAAGCCUCAUUCUUAUACCUUCUCUCUCCAGAACCUACUGUUUGUUCCCCAGAUGGGGGGUGGGGGACUGAGAGUUUUUGUACAUGUCAAAGGCAGUUACAAAUAAAGUGUGAAUUGUCCUUUAUUAGUGCCUGGAGUACAGUCAUGCCUCUGAUACAGGGCCCAUGACUAAGCCCCUGGUUUGCUGGGCCCAGGGGUAUUCCUGAGGCAAUUAACCCAAACAUGGGGUGCUGCCCUUAUUUCCAGAUUCAAACAAAGUUGGCCAAGAUGGGCACUCCCAGACACCUGUUCCUUCAUGCUUUUUUGCCUACAGUGACCCCAGUCCUGACUAACCUUUCCUCACCCUUGACUUAUGAGGGUCCAGCCUGUAGGGAUGGGUCAUUUCCCUGGCUCUCUUGGCUUCCCAUUGAAGAAUGGACCUUGAAAGAACUGACUCCUUUCAUCCCCUUGCCCUCUACCUGAACCUUAGGCAUCCCUUUUCAUUCCCAUAAAUUUUGUUAGGAUUUCCUCUCAGGCUCAGAUGGUCCAUUGACCUGUUAAUUCCAGGAUAUAACUAAACCAGAUAAGUAACUAUGCUAUUUCUAGCUUCUGUAAAUAUGCUUGCUUGAAUAAUGGGAAAGUGAAGGGGGGUGGGGGGCUGGAAAUUUGGGCCUGUGUUGGAAAUCUGGUGUACGUUCUUAAUCAGUCUAUGGCCUGGUCACUGCUCCCUCUUAAAUCAUCUAUCUUGCAGGACCUGUUUGCUUAAGCGUUGUUACCACCUUGGGAAGGCCAUAAACUGACGCUCCCAGACGGAAUUGUCAGGGCUGGUGCCAGGCCAGACCUUGACGUGGGGUCUCACAGCACCAAUCCCAGAGGGGUUUUUGCUCUUUUUGCCUUUAUAAGCUUACCCCUAACUUCAUUUUGGGACCUCGAGGUUUGGAGUGGCGAUAGCCUUUUGUGGUCGCCGUCGGCUUUGAAAUAAAAGCUCUAAAAUUCGA